AUGAAGUUCACCGUCGCUACUUUCGUUGCCCUGGUUGCAGCUGCUACUGCCAUGCCCUCUUACGAGCAGGCCCCCAAGAUCUCCCAGGCAAGCCUGAAGAAGAUCGAGGAGACUGAGAACAAGUGCGGUGAUGCAAACGUCAACUGCUGUAUCAGCGUCCCCAAGGACACCAACGCCCAGAAGUACGACGGCCUCGCUGGACUUAUCUCUGACGUCCUGUCUCCGGACAGCAACGCCUACUGUGCCCAGGCUAGCAACCCGGGUGUGAUCCCGCUUGACCUCCUCCCGGACCUUCUGGGUGGCAACAAGGGCCACCUUUGCGACAACACGGACGUUACCUACGUUUGCUGCGCUGGCGGCGAGUGCCACCUUCCCGAGGAGAAGAAGGACGGCAAGGAAGCGUUCUGGAGUCGAGUUUAA